AUGAUUGUAAAACCUUGGACACCAGACUUCAGCUUUAAGGAGGAAGUUUUAAAAAUUAUUCCAAUAUGGGUCAAGUUGCCUAACCUUCCAUUAAACUGUUGGAGCCCUGACUCUCUCAGUAGAAUUGGUAGUCUACUAGGGAUACCACUGUAUGCUGAUGAAUCCACUUCAAAGCAAAUGCGUAUCUCUUUUGCUCGUAUCUUGGUGGAAAUUGAUGUCACUAAGGAAAAGACACAGUCCAUUAUGGUGGAAGAUGCUAAUGGCAAGAUCAUAAAGCAGGAUGUAAGAUAUGAUUGGUGGCCUCCGUUUUGUCAGAAAUGUCAAAAAAUUGGACAUAAUUGUGGAGAGAAACAGUUCAAGCCACAACAAAACAAACCAAAAGUGGUGCAGAAAUGGGUUCCCAAGCAAACAAAUACUAUACCCACAGAAGUCAUCACUGUUGAUCCUAUUCCUGGGGACACAGUUGUUGGAGAAAGACAAAGCCAACCAGCUGCAGUGGUGGAAAAGGGCUCAUCUAACCCUCUUAGUGCAAUUACUACACCUGUACAACCAAUUGUUCAUCAAUGGAAGAUGGUGACUAGGAAGAACAAAGGGAAGAGGGUUAUUGUUCCAUGCUCUGACAGUAAUGAAGAAUUCCUUCUUGAGGAACAAGGUGAAGAACCAGAAGAGGAAAACAAUGAUGAAAUAGCGGGUGAAAAGCCUUAUUUAUCAUGA